AUGACCUACACUCUGUUGGAGACCUCGGGGCUUGAUGAGUGUCAGAGAACUGGCGUCUUCGAGCAGCCCAUCCUACUUUAUCUAAGGAGCUACUUCAUUCUGCCUAUAACCACUACCCACAUUCUUUUAAAUCGCCAACAGACGCUUGAAGCGCGCAAGGGACAUCUUGGCAGCCUCGUUCUCAGUGGCGAGUCGCUCAGAGGAACAACGCCGAAGGGCCAAACAGGACCAAACGCACGCUCCACUGGUUCUCUCGUCACCACCAUCCACUCACCUUGUCCCCCCGACCCUCCACUCCUCCGACCCUCUUUCGACGUUCUCUGCAAGUCUUGCAUACCUCCGGACUCCUACACAACGAGGAAUAAGCCCUCAAGCUCUCAAAACGUCAUGAUUUUCACGACUCUUUUCGCCAUGGUGCUUGCAUCGUUGGCCCCGACGGUUUCAGCCCAGCUGGAUGCCAACGGCCCCAUUAGAUACGAUCUGGAGCACAAUGUUACUACCAUUGUUGGUACUUGGAGUACGGGUAGCAAGGCCGUUGUUACAGGCUCGGGCUUUGCAAACCCUGCCCAAAUGACCUUUACUUACCCCAAAACGACAGGGGUUUCCUAUUCCUUCUCUGACGAUGGGUUCUACGAGAUAGCGAGAUAUCGGUUUAAUGGCAACGGAUCGGAACCCACGUGCAUUACCGGUGUGAUAGGUUGGGUUCAUGGCAGAUACACACUGAAUGCCAAUGGCUCCAUCACGAUGACACCCUUCGAAGAUGGCUACCAACAAAUUCAAGAUCCAUGCGCUGCUGUCUCUAACUUCAUCGAAUCCUACCCUUACAGGGAGUACUACAUCGGCUGGAGAAUAUUCCGAGACCCAACUGCGGGACCGAAGCUCCAUCUAUUCCAGUUCGACGGCGUCCCUGUGGCACCACAAUUCCUGGUUUCGACAACGCCGAACAUGCUUCCUACUCGUAACCUGCGGAACACCACGACGAUUGCCCGACGUUCGACUUCGAAUGCUCAGGAUGGACUUGGCCCGCAGCUGGUGACCGCUCUCGUUGGAGCAACGAGCUUGGCCUUGAUGGCUAUGGCAUCGCUGACGCUAUGA